UUCAGACCGGAUCAUGGCGGCGCCUCUCGGGCGGGACACCUUACCUGAACACUGGUCUUACGGUGUCUGCGGGGACGGCAGGGUCUUCUUCAUCAACGAUGAGACUCGGACCACCACCUGGCUGCAUCCCCGCUCCGGUGAACCGGUGAACUCCGGCCACAUGAUCCGCUCAGACCUACCUCGGGGAUGGGAGGAAGGUUUUACGGACGAAGGAGCGAGUUACUUGAUAAAUCAUAACCAGAGGACCACGACAUUUUGCCAUCCUGUGACCGGACAUAUUUCUCCAGAGAACGUGGACUGCUUCAUUCUGAAAGAACAGCCGCAGGGUGCUCGCAUGAUGUCCAAACCCGGGGCUGAGCAGCUCUCCAGCACCACCAUCAGCGAGGCCUCCACUGCCAUCACCUCCUCCACUGUGGACACCACUCCUGCCUCCAAGGGCUCCCGGUCAAGUGGUAAAGUGCACAGCUUCGGGAAGAGAGAGCAGGCCAUUAAGAGGAAUCCCAAUGUCCCUGUGGUGGUCCGAGGAUGGCUCUACAAACAGGACAGCUCUGGGAUGCGACUUUGGAAGAGGAAAUGGUUUGUCUUGGCUGAUUUCUGUCUGUUCUACUACAAAGACAGCAGAGAGGAAUCAGUCCUGGGCAGCAUUCCCCUGCCCAGCUAUGUCAUUUCACCCGUGGGACCUGAGGAUCACAUUAGCCGCAAGUAUGCCUUUAAGGCUAGCCACACUGGUAUGCGCUCGUACAUUUACAAGCAGAGCUCUGUGAUUGGCUCGCAGGCGGAGCACACUGGCAUGCGGACGUAUUACUUCAGUGCAGACACCCAAGAGGACAUGAACACCUGGCUGAGAGCCAUGAACCAGGCGGCGCUGAUGCAGAACCAUGGAGACACACUCAUCAGACCAGCUGACAAGUUAGAGAAGUUGUUGCAGCAGGCUGUCCCCCAGACAAACCACAUAAACCACCACAAGACCAAGACUUCAGACUCUGAGACCACAAGACCCAUCAUCCACGAGGUUCUCCUGGAGCCCAUACACCGCGACGCUGAGGGCCGCUGCAGCUUUCACAAGGACUCUCCUGGCACCAUCAUGUUGGAGCACCCCAUUGGGAGCACUGGUCUGGAAAUGGACACACACACUUCCCUCCCAUCCAAUCCUCCACCCUCCGCUCUCCCACACUCAGACCAUGUGUCGGCCUCAGCACCCGUAUCCAGGGUACCAUCCCGCGCGCCGUCACGAGCAGCCUCCACUUUGCCCUCCAGCAUUUGCACGAGGAACGGCCUGGUCUCCACGCCAAGCCCCAUCCUGGAGCCCAAUGGGAUCGCAGCCGGGACGUACCAGAGGGCCCCGGAGCUGCCGGCUGCAGACCCAGAAAAGCAGGUGCACAGGAGAAGUGUUCUGGAUCAGGUGGAACAGUGGGUCAAAGUUCAGAAGGCUGAGCAUAAAGGCCCCCCAUCCAGAGAGAACACCCUCCCUCGCCGCACGCCACCAACCCAGCACAAAUUCACCUCCAUUGACGCCUAUCAGACCCUGCCAAAAACUCCUCGCCAGAGUCCCUCGCCCGGCCGACUCGGCGAGUACAAGUACGCCCAGGACCGCCUGAGCCACUUCCGUCUCACCCCAGAUCAGGGGGGUCCAGGGUCCAACACAGUCUGGCAGCUGUACGAGUGGCAGCAGCGACACCAGUUCCGUCACGGGAGCCCCACAGCGCCACUUUACACUCCGGCCCCAGAGUACCCAUUUGGCCCCCGACCCCCAUCCACUGUGCCUCCCUCCUCCUCAGCUCCCAGGUCAGAGGGGCCUCCCCGCUGCGUGUCGGUACCACCUUCAUCUGCAGACAUCCCUCCGCCAGGGCCCCCACCCGGCACCAGCCGAACCCUGUCACCCACACGUAGGCCACACACGCCGGCUGAACGGGUGACAGUCAGGCCUGUGGGUGAUAUGUCAGUGUUGGACAUCCCCUUCACUGUGUCCCCCCGCAGAACCAAAUCGCAGCUGCUCAAGGCUGCUACUAUUGAGAGACGGUCAAUGCCUGCAUCUGGCUACAUCACACACACAGUCAGUGCACCCAGCCUUCAUGGCAAAACGGCGGAUGACACCUAUAUGCAGCUGAAGAAGGACUUGGAGUAUCUGGACCUGAAGGUAGCUGGAAGUCAGACACUGAAGGAGACAGGGAAACCUGUCAAGGUUGCAGAAAGUGAUGUGGACGUGAAGUUGAGUCGGUUAUGUGAACAGGACAAGGUCCUUAAGGACCUGGAGGCGAGGAUCAGCUCCCUAAAGGACGACAAGGACAAGUUGGAGAGCGUACUGGACGUGUCCCACCAGCAGAUGGAGCAGUACCAGGAGCAGCCGGCCCACGCCCACAAGAUCGCCUACCAGCAGAGGCUACUGCAAGAAGAUCUGGUGACCAUCAGGGCCCAAAUAUCACGCCACUCCACGGAGAUGGCACAUGCCUGGGAGGAGUACAGCAGGCUUGAGAAAUCAGUAGAGCAGUUGAGGAUGGCACUGCAGGCACAUAUGAACCACAGCGCCACCCCGCAGCAAGAGAAAGCUGAGAUGAAGCGGGAGCUGUGGAGGAUCGAGGAUGUGAUGGGUGGACUGAGUGCCAGCAAAGCCAACUACAAGAUCACAAUUGACUCAGUCCAGAACCCAGAGAGGAAACUAGUGCCUUCGGUGUCAGACCCGGCAGUGCCUUCUCACAGCGCAGAGGUCCAGCCUCCUCCUCGCAGCUCCAUCCCCACCAUCAUGUCCUAUACUUUGCCUCACAGCACCGUGCCAAAGUGGGCAGAGGACAGCGCCCCACCCAGGCCACCACUGCCUCGCCUCUACGACUAUGAGGAGACACCUCCUGUGGUGCCGCCCCUCCCCAAAGAGGCCUCAGUCAUACGCCACACGUCCGUGCGUGGGCUGAAACGCCAGUCAGAUGAGAGGAAGAGGGACAGGGAGAGUGGGCAGUAUGUUGCUAAUGGAGACUGCAAGACUGACUUACGAUCAUACCUGAGUGAACCAGAGCUGCCAGGAAUAAGCCACCACAACGUGGGGUCUGAUAUUGACUACCAGUACUCCCUCAGCAAAGGUCUACCAGGCUCCUCAACUCGUCUGAACCAGUCCAACUCCAUCUCAUCUUACGUCACCCUAAGGCGAGGCCCCGGGAGCUCUGCAGCAAAGGAGAGACCCAAGAGUGCUUUUGAGCGUCUGUCAUCACCCACCGAGGCCCUGCAGCUCCCAAGCAGCCAGUCUCGAGGCCGAAUGACUGCGGAGGAGCAGCUGGAGCGGAUGAAGCGACACCAGAAGGCACUGGUUCGUGAGCGCAAGAGGAACCUCAGCCAGGGCGAGCGCUCCUACACGGGCCUCUCCACCUCCACUGCCACCACCCAGCGCUCCUCAUCCUCCUCCAGGCUGCCCUCUAGUGGCUCCGACCCGCCGACCUCCGUGUUCGACUGGCAGGAGGAGCGACCCGGAGCAGAAGGUCAGAGCGAUGAAGGGUGGAAUCCAGUCAAAGAGAGGCGGAGGAUCCAGUCAGAUGAGUGGGUGAUGGCCACGGCUACACGCAUACGAGAGGUGGACGUGGAACCUCUUGACUACGACUUGGAUAUCAGCCGAGAGCUGUCCAAACCAAAGAAGGUUCCCAUCCCAGAGCGCUACAUAGAGUCUGACCCUGAGGAGCCUCUCAGUCCAGAGGAACUGGAGGAACGCUCCCGUCGAGCUGAGCGCAUCAAGAACCUGCUGACCAAAUCCAGAGCAACAAUCCACAAAGUGAGCAGAUCUCAGUUGCUUUGCUCCACCUCACGCUGCUCGCCCCCUCAGGACAAGUUGGAGAGCGUACUGGACGUGUCCCACCAGCAGAUGGAGCAGUACCAGGAGCAGCCGGCCCACGCCCACAAGAUCGCCUACCAGCAGAGGCUACUGCAAGAAGAUCUGGUGACCAUCAGGGCCCAAAUAUCACGCCACUCCACGGAGAUGGCACAUGCCUGGGAGGAGUACAGCAGGCUUGAGAAAUCAGUAGAGCAGUUGAGGAUGGCACUGCAGGCACAUAUGAACCACAGCGCCACCCCGCAGCAAGAGAAAGCUGAGAUGAAGCGGGAGCUGUGGAGGAUCGAGGAUGUGAUGGGUGGACUGAGUGCCAGCAAAGCCAACUACAAGAUCACAAUUGACUCAGUCCAGAACCCAGAGAGGAAACUAGUGCCUUCGGUGUCAGACCCGGCAGUGCCUUCUCACAGCGCAGAGGUCCAGCCUCCUCCUCGCAGCUCCAUCCCCACCAUCAUGUCCUAUACUUUGCCUCACAGCACCGUGCCAAAGUGGGCAGAGGACAGCGCCCCACCCAGGCCACCACUGCCUCGCCUCUACGACUAUGAGGAGACACCUCCUGUGGUGCCGCCCCUCCCCAAAGAGGCCUCAGUCAUACGCCACACGUCCGUGCGUGGGCUGAAACGCCAGUCAGAUGAGAGGAAGAGGGACAGGGAGAGUGGGCAGUAUGUUGCUAAUGGAGACUGCAAGACUGACUUACGAUCAUACCUGAGUGAACCAGAGCUGCCAGGAAUAAGCCACCACAACGUGGGGUCUGAUAUUGACUACCAGUACUCCCUCAGCAAAGGUCUACCAGGCUCCUCAACUCGUCUGAACCAGUCCAACUCCAUCUCAUCUUACGUCACCCUAAGGCGAGGCCCCGGGAGCUCUGCAGCAAAGGAGAGACCCAAGAGUGCUUUUGAGCGUCUGUCAUCACCCACCGAGGCCCUGCAGCUCCCAAGCAGCCAGUCUCGAGGCCGAAUGACUGCGGAGGAGCAGCUGGAGCGGAUGAAGCGACACCAGAAGGCACUGGUUCGUGAGCGCAAGAGGAACCUCAGCCAGGGCGAGCGCUCCUACACGGGCCUCUCCACCUCCACUGCCACCACCCAGCGCUCCUCAUCCUCCUCCAGGCUGCCCUCUAGUGGCUCCGACCCGCCGACCUCCGUGUUCGACUGGCAGGAGGAGCGACCCGGAGCAGAAGGUCAGAGCGAUGAAGGGUGGAAUCCAGUCAAAGAGAGGCGGAGGAUCCAGUCAGAUGAGUGGGUGAUGGCCACGGCUACACGCAUACGAGAGGUGGACGUGGAACCUCUUGACUACGACUUGGAUAUCAGCCGAGAGCUGUCCAAACCAAAGAAGGUUCCCAUCCCAGAGCGCUACAUAGAGUCUGACCCUGAGGAGCCUCUCAGUCCAGAGGAACUGGAGGAACGCUCCCGUCGAGCUGAGCGCAUCAAGAACCUGCUGACCAAAUCCAGCGUUCAGAACAUUCAGCCGUCUGCACCGCUGGACUUCACUGAGCUGGACUCGGCUCUGCAGCAGCAGGAGAGGAUCAUGAACGUGUCCCAGGUGCUGGCUUCAGAGGCGUCACGCAAAGGCAAACAGGUCGCAGCCAAAGCUGCUGUUGAGCACUGACCCACAGGAACAACCAACACCACAGAACAGAAGAGAUUCUUUGUGAAGAGAGUGUAAGAAGGAGGGAUCCAAACAGUUAUCAGCCAACUAACUGAUUCACCUUUUUUAUGACUGACAAAAAACACAUUUCUUAAAGAGUUUUUAAUUCAUAGUUUUGAAAUGGUAUCUAGUUUUCUUGCUUCUGCACUUACAUUGCACAGAUAAGUAAUAAUUUAUAACACGAGUGAGUUGCUUUUUUUUAUCUGCAGUUACCUGGUCUGCAGUUUGGUCUGAAUUUUUCAGAAGUGAAAUGAAAGCCUGUGCCAACAUAUUCAGGUUGCAGUGGGAAUGUUUUGACAUGAAUUGUUUAUUUAUUACAUUGUUUGGCUUCUGUCAGCACUGUCACUCAAUGAUCACAGUCCUGUCAAUCAACUCAAGUGCAUUACAGUAUGUAUGUAAUAGUUUAAACACAAAAAAUAAAACCUAAAGAUUGAAAAAAAAA